AUGAAUUUUCAUACGUUAUCAUAUUCUACUCCUGUGAACGAUUUCGAAUUAUCUAAUGAAGAAUGGCGUGUACUUGAUGCAUUAUUAACAACUUUGGAUCCAAUCAAUGCUGCCACAGAGCUAUUAUCAGGAAAACAUUACUCUACACUGCUUAUAACAGCAUAUCUGGAUCCAGAAACGAAUAUUGGUAUAACAGCUGACGAAAUAUCGGUAGCCAAAGAACUGAUAAUUAAGGAAGUAACGUCACUGGCAUCGUCAACUCCUUCUUCAUCUUCUAAUGAACACAAAGCAACAAUUAGUCACACUUUGGAAUUGGAAUCAUAUUUGAAAAAAUGUGGCAUGUUAUUAGCACCAACAAGAAAAGCAACAUUACCUUCACUUUUAACAAGUACGACUAUUAAACAAGAAAUUUCUCUGUACUCAAGAAUAUCUAAAACGAAUUAUGAUUUAUCGAUAUGUUGGUUAGAAUAUCGGCAUCAGCUACCGUUACUAUUUACAUUGGUUAAAAAGUAUCUAGCGAUAUCAGCCACAAGUGUAGCUGGCGAAAGUACAUUUUACAAAGAGCUAAUAAUUUUAUAA